AUUUAUUGUCAAUAUAAUCUGUAAGGUUCUCGACUAGUGUUAACACCGUGGUCUAGUUGAUGCCUGAGAAAGCUAUAAGCCCAAUUUGAAGUAGGUUUCAUAAACAAAAAUGAGUUAUGGGUGAGAUGUUAAGUUCGGGGUAGUCGGAAAGGCAGGUUGUGGAAGGUAGUACGUCUGUUAGGGUGAAAUCCCGAGCGGAGCGCGUCGCUUGGCUAGUGCGUGUCUCGGUGGCGCGGUAUCGCCGCUAGUCGCUAGUCAGCAGUCGGGUGUGACAUCGUCGCGCGGAGUGGUCGCGUGUGUCGCGCGUCACGCGGCCGCGGCAUGGCGCGCGAGUACACGCGAGUGCACGAGUUCUACCUGCCGCUGCACGAGCUGCAGCCGCCCGCGCAGCACUACCACCCUUAUGACCUGCACCCGGCGGGCGCGAGCGCGGCGCCGGCGUAUGAGCUGACGGCGGGCAGUGGCGGCGGCGCGGGCGCGUGCGCGGAGUCCACCAGCGCACUUGCGCACGCGCCGCACCAGCCUGCCAUGCAGCAGUCGUCACAUCACCAUGAUCCCCGCCAGAGAAAGACUUCGCAUUACAGUUCGGAGAGCUAUGAGAUGUCUAGCUGCGAGGCCGGGUUGGCGGCGCCGACAGCGUCACUGCACGCGCCUGCCAGUGCCACGCGCAAGAGGAAGCCGUCGUCCUUUGGCACGAGCAGCGCGUACGAUGAUGAUGGCGGUGACGACGCGCGCUCCACUCGCACCCUGCCUGACAAAAAACAAAACCACAGCGAGAUCGAGAAGCGGCGGCGUGACAAGAUGAACACGUAUAUCUCGGAAUUGAGCGCUAUGAUUCCAAUGUGUGGUGCAAUGGCGCGAAAGCUGGAUAAGCUGACAGUGCUGCGCAUGGCAGUACAGCAUUUGCGGUCGGUGCGCGGUGCGUUGUCCGCGUGCCCGCUGACGGCGCGGCCUCGGCCCGCCUUCGUGUCGGAGCGCGAGCUCAACCAGCUAAUCCUGCACGCGGCGCAUGACUCCUUCCUACUGGUAGUGGGCUGCGAUCGCGGACGCCUCCUCUACGUCUCCGCCUCCGUAAAGCAGAUGCUACACUACGACCAGACAGAAUUGCUCGGCCAGAGCUUGUUCGAUAUAUUGCACCCCAAAGAUGUGGCCAAGGUGAAGGAGCAGCUGUCUUCCUCAGACCUCAGCCCCCGCGAGAGGCUCAUCGACGCAAAGACAAUGCUGCCGGUGAAGGCGGACGUGCAGGCGGGCGCGUCGCGGUUGUGCCCGGGAGCGCGGCGUUCCUUCUUCUGCCGCAUCAAGUGCAAGGCGUCAGCUGAGGCGCCCGCACCCGAGCCCGUGCCCAUCAAGGAGGAGGCCGAGCCCACCACCAAGUUACGCAAGAAGUCCAACGAGAAGAAGUACUGCGUCGUCCAGUGCACUGGUUACCUAAAAUCGUGGGCCCCGGCGGAGAUGUCAGAAGGCGGCGGGGGCGGGGGAGGAGGCGCAAGCUCAGCCGAAGUCUCGGACGACGGUGAGCAGUGCAACAUGUCGUGUCUGGUGGCAGUGGGGCGCGCGCUGCCCGACCUGGCACCAGCCCCCGCCGCCUUCGUCUGUCCACCGCCGCCGACGCGCCAGCUUCAGUAUGUCUCGCGACACGCACCCGACGGAAAGUUCCUCUUCGUCGACCAAAGGGUGACGCUGGCGCUGGGCUUCCUGCCGCAAGAGCUGCUGGGCACGAGUCUGUACGAGUACGUGAGCGGACCGGAGCUGAGCGCGGUGGCGCGGACGCACAAGACAUCGCUGCUGCGGAGGGACCCAUUACAAACGCCGCCAUACUCCUUUCGCAAGAAGGACGGCACUUUUGCCCGCCUACAGACACACUUCAAACCAUUCAAGAACCCUUGGACGAAGGAAGUGGAGUGCCUGGUGGCCAACAAUACGAUCGUAUCGGAGGCACACGGCGGCGCGCACGCAGACGCCGCGCACUCCUCCUACGACUUGUACAAGCAGAAGGCCGACGUCGAGAUGCAGCGGCUCAUCGAGUCGCAGGUCGAGUCCCACAAGAUCGGCAGCGCCAUCGCAGAGGAAGCGCUGCGCCGAUCCUCCUCAGAGUUCUCACCCGACCUGCCGGCCGACCUGCUGCAGGAUGCCGUCUUCAACCAAAAUUGGCCACUAAAAGCAAACGUCCUGUACGAGCAGGCGUCGCUAGUGGACAACAUCCUGGGCGUGGACAUGUCGAGCUACAGCCAGGUGCGCAACAACGUGCCGCUGAGCGCCGCGGCUGAGGGGUCACCGCCACCGGCCGGGGCAGCGCAGCCCGCAUCCUCGCCGCCGCCCGCCUCGCCCCCGCUGCCGCCCCUCGGCCUCGACGGUAACGGUGAAGCUGCUAUGGCCGUCAUCAUGAGCCUGCUCGAGGCCGACGCCGGCCUCGGCGGACCCGUCAACUUCUCCGGCCUACCGUGGCCUCUACCCUAGAGGCCCCAUUGGUAGCUCGCUGCUGCGUUGCCUGGGAACUUAUUGUGAACAUUCAAACGUAUUUAGGUCAGUAUACUGAUUCUUGCUCAUCAUAAUAUUGGAAACCUCGAAGUAAUCAUAUUGAGUAAAAUGGUGCGUUUCGAUUUUAAGUAAAGUACAAUUAAGUAUAAUGGAACCAAUGAAAUGUAUCAACUUUUCUAGUAUAUGGAUAGAAAACCUUCUAAGUGUUAUUGUAAACCUUUCUGUUCCAUUACAGAUAACGACUUAAUAAAAUACUAUUUAGUUAGCAUUUUGGAAAACGUCAAAUAAAAAAAAAAACAAUUUAUUUAAUGACAAAAUAAUUGAUUGGCUGUCUUUAUUUUCUACACAAAUAGUACGAAACAAAUACUAAUGGCUAGCGAGCUGUCCUAAUCUUCUUAAACAAACAAGCAACACUUGGAAAUAAAUAAAAUGAUUUACUAAACUAUACAGCUAUACAGAGAAACGUUUAAUGUUUAACUGUUGAUAUGAUGCACUUAUUAUGACACUGAAGAUCGCUUUCGCACUACGUCCGUUUCGAACUCGUGUAAAUAUUGUCCGUCAUAGCCGUAGAACUAUUUCUUUUGUAAUUUGCGUUUUUCAUCAUCUGAUUUUUUGAAAGAAAAUUAGAAAAAAAUAUUCAAGUUCUGCCAGUCUGUCUAUAUUUUCACGGUGUCGAAUCAGAACCUACGUAGUGUCGAAAUGCUAUAACUAUUAAAGCAUGAGUACAAUAAAAACGGACUUUAAAAAUAAGUAGAAUAAGGUUAAAUUGGUUUCUAUAGUUUAUUUUGACAGUAAAAAAAAAACUUGAAUGAGAAACACUACGAUAAUGUAGUGGUCGACAAUUAUACAUUUUACCAAAUAUGUUGUUAUGACAAUAACUGACAGUGCGUUUGAGAGCUCGGGGCUAAUGUGCCGAGUGAACACUAUACAUCCGACGCAAUAUACCUAAUUAUAAUUUUUCAUCGUUUUCUAAACGUUAUAACGCGGUGAAACAAUACGGGGCAUUACUCAGCAUCGCAAUGCCACGACAUUUGCGAAUGCUAUAUAUCCGACAAGUGACCUUAUUGUACAAAUCAGUAGGCUCGGUUGACAUCGACAGAAUUAGUUUUACUAUUUACAACAUUUUUUUAAGGUAAAUGUUACUACAAGCCUUAUGAAAUAUCAACCUUAGAUGUUUAAAUAUUUUGGAUCAAUGAGCGUUAGGCUCGAUGUCACGAAGAAUUUAAAUAAAAUUAUGAACUUUUAAUGGGUGUAUAUGAAUAGUGUUUUUAGUAAGUUGUAAUUAUCCAAAUCAUAAUGUAAUGUUAUAAGUACUUUUACUAACACUUUGUUUUUCUAUGAGCUGUUAUCUAGUUAUGCAUUUUGUAGGUAGUAGCUAGCAGACGUGUCGCGGCUACGAUGAUUUAAAAUUAUGGGGAUAUAUUUUUUAUUUAUUGAGAACCAUAUAUCAAUGAUAUAAUAACAUAUAAUAAUAUAUGUUUGCAUAGAGAUAUAAUGUAUUUUUGUCUACUAUUUUUGAUUUGUAGUAUAUUUUUUAAGAUCAUGUAAAAAGGUUAGUACAUAGUUAGCUUAGGUAGUUAGGCCUGUAGUUGUAACACCGGUCUGGAGGUGAUAUGUAGUGCUGCCCUCUAUUGGGCUCGUUAUAAACUAGCGAUGAAAUGUCAAGUGUCGGUAGUAAGUGAAGCCAUAUAAUACCAUACUUUCUUGCAGUUUGUUAUUAGGUGCAUAUUUAAAUGCCAUCUAUUUAAUUGCAUUGUUUGCCUCAAACAAUCUACACUAACCUCUAAAUUAGUAACUGAGCCAUAAAACUAGCAUCUAAGUUACUAUUUAUAAUCUACGCUGGCCACUAAAUGUUAUUUACCUUCUAAAUUUGUUACAUCAAAUACUAAAGUUGCUGAUUCUGAUUCAAAUGAUUUUAACAUUUGUUUUCAUAAUAUGAUUUGUAUUUAUUGACGAUCUUGUAAUGAAAUUGUAAAACGACAGUUUUAUUGGUGCUGCCUAGUAAAAUCAGUGGCUGUUUGCAAUUUAGUUAAUAAGUUUAGUAAAAUUGUUAAUCUUAUUUAAUGUUUUGACACGAAUUAGUUUAUCCUAUCUUCACGUGGCUUAGUUAUUAAAGUAGAGGUUUAAACAAUGGCGCAACAUAAACUUUGUUGCUUGGUAAUAUUUUCAUUCUGUUAAGAAUGUACAUUCGAUAAAAUGAAUUGCAGCUUUCGCGCGGAGCAAACACCCAAUUUGGUAGUUCCCUCUUUCAAAAAAUAAGUAAAGUUAAACAUAAAAAAUACGUAAAAAAUAUUCGCACUUUCAUUACUUGAUUUUACAAUGUACUUAAUAUUCGUAUUUUUUGACGCAAAGAAAUGACGUCACAACGUGCUAAUUCAUGUAGAACAUAUUUUUGACAUAUUAAAAAAAGUAUUGAAUUUGACUAGUUGGAAACUACCAAAUUGAUGAUCCUAACUAAUACAGUAAAACAAUUUUACUAAAGAAGGUAUAGUAAUGAUAGCCACCCUAUAACCACAUAUCGCUAUACUUAUAUAUAGCUUUAUUAGAUAUGUAAAUUUAUACAUAAUAAUGUACGUGCAAUAUACCUACAGGAAUUGAUGUGCAGUUUCUUUCAUUUAUAUAUUUUUUACGCGAAACGAAAAUGUAUUUUUAUUUAUUUUAGGGCUGAUUUUUCAAUGGUUAGAUAAAAGUUAUCUGCGGAAUCAUUUUUAUGAUGCUGCCGCGGCAGAAUGUUUGCACAAGACAGUGGCAGCAACAAUUUUAUUCCUCAGAUAAUAUUUAUCUGACUAUUGAAAAAUCAGCCCUUACUGAAUUAUUGGCUGACAAUAGUUUUUUGGUCGAAACUCGUGAAACGCUGUUAUUUACACCUGCAUAUUCUAAGCCAAAUUAGCGAUCAAAAUCAUUAUCCAAAUGACGCGUUAAUUAAAAAUAAGUAGUAUUAUAAAUUUCGGCCGACAUUUUAACUUGCAUCUCCAGGAAUAAAUUGAUGGCUAUUGCAUCUGAAUAUAUGUACAGUAAAAGAUUUUUAUAUAGGUAUAUGUUGUUUUUGCUUAUAUUGGUGUUAUAUUAUGAACCUAUGUUAUAAUCAAAUCUGUUAUUUUAUUAUUUGAUACUCGAUUUUUUAUAUAUAUAUUUCGGGGUCUUAUUAUGUCAGAUGUGACAACCCCGUUGCAUAAGCUUUUAUGCAUUAAAUGAAUUGAAUCGUUUGAAGUACAAUUACCUACGUUUUACUUGUAAUUUUUUUCAACUUGACACAAAUGCAAUUUAUAAAUAAUUAUGCCUCUGUUAUUUGCGAUAUCGAGUUUAUUGUUAUUAUGUUAAUUUUAUUAUAAAAUAUUUGGAUAUAUUGUUUCAUUCAUA